UUCUGUGACGUUUCUUGGGUGAAAAAGGCCGGGAAAGCGGGAGAUUCAGGGUCAGAGCCGAGUAUAAAAGCCGAUAUCACGGGGUUGAUUAGCAGUAUCGCAAUUAACGCGAUAGACAAGUAGUUAAGAAGCGGAUCGAACAAUCAUGAAGUGCUUGACCAUCCUCGUAGCGAUCGCUUCAGUUUGCUCAGCCGCCCCAAGCGGACUUCUCGCCCCAUGGGCGGCUCUGACAGCUGCUAGUCACGCAGGAACAACGCUCGUCGCUGGCCCAACGGCGCUUCUCGCAGGGCCCUCUGCUCUUCUUGCUGGACACCUUGCCGCCCCAGCGCUCGUUGCUGGGCCGGCUGCUGCCGCGACACUAGUUGCUGGACCAGCUGCUGGGCCAACACUAGUUGCCGGUCCCUCUGCUGGACCGACAGUACUCAAAGGGGCAUCGGCUGGGCCCACUCUUCUCUCUGGACCUGGACCCGUUCUUGGACUUGCAUCUGUACUCGCUGGAGCUCAUCAUUGACGAAUAAUAGAAUCAAUAGCUCGUAUCUGUAAUCUCUCGUCUUUCCCACUCAAGACCAUGCAGAGAGAUUAUUUCAGAUUAUUUUAAAUUAUUAUUACGACACUGACACAAACGUACGCAGUUGUAAAGGUGUAAAAAGGAAAAUUAUUAUUUUAUUAAUUAUAUGAAAUAAAUAAUAUUAUAUCUGUAA